AUGUAUUGUCUCAAGCUGCAGGUGAUCGCAGCCGUUGCGGCUUGGGCUGUCGCCGCUGCCAGCAAAAAUGUCGAGGGCAGUCAUUGCCCACGAGACGACAUAACCUUGACGGGGCUCAGGAACAAGCUUUCAAGCUCUGCUAUUGUGUAUUAUCCUGGGUCGAGCGGGUUCACGAAUAUCACAACACGGUGGUCUUCUCUAGACGAGCCGAAGGUAAACGUCGUAAUCGUGCCUGGAACUGAGAACGAUGUUGUCGAGACAGUGAAAUUUGCCAAUGAGAAGGACCUUCCCUUCCUCACGUACAACGGUGUCCACGGAGCCCUCGUUUCUUUGGGCAAGAUGGACCAUGGUAUCGGAAUCGCCCUGAACCAGUUCAGCAGUGUUACAGUCUCGGACGACGGCAAGACAGCCACGAUCGGUGGCGGAACAAUGUCCAAGGUGGUAACCGACGAACUUUGGGCUGCAGGAAAGCAGACGGUUACUGGAACCUGUGAAUGUGUCAGUUAUCUGGGACCGGCGCUUGGUGGGGGACAUGGAUGGCUGCAAGGCCAACGCGGACUCGUUUCGGAUCAGUUUGUUUCGAUGAAUGUCGUGCUUGCGGAUGGUACCUUGAGCCACAUCAACGCAAGCUCCGACCUUUGGUGGGCGAUGAAGGGUGCCGGCCAUAACUUCGGCAUUGUGACUUCUAUCACUAUUCAGAUAUACGACAUUGAAUAUACCGACUGGGCUAUUGAUACACUCACUUUCAGUGGCGAUAAGGUCGAGGCUGUGUACCAAACUGCUAACGACCACCUGGUGAAGAAUGGUACUCAGCCAGUGAGUGUCAUAAACUGGUCAUAUUGGAUGAACAAUCCAGAUGCUGACCCAAACAACCCGGUCAUCGUAUUUUAUAUCAUCCAAGAGGGAGUGAGGGCAGUCGACCAGGUAUAUACCAAGCCUUUCCAAGACAUCGGACCGCUUUCCGCCGUAAGUCAGGCAGGUACAUACAAGGACCUUGCUGGAUGGACCGGCAUCGCUCUCGAUUCCCCUCCAUGCCAGAAAGCUGGGUUCGCCAAUCCUCGUUUCCCCUUCUAUCUUCAAACAUACAACGUCGCGGCGCAAAAGAGGGCGUGGGACAUGUAUGCUCCGGCCAUCCGCGGUUCAUCUGCCUUCAACAACUCAAUUUUUAUGUUUGAAGGUUAUUCCGUCGAGGCCGUACACAACAUUCCUAGCUACCAGAGUGCUUUUGCUUUCCGCAGCGAGAAUAUCCUUGCUGCGCCUCUCAUAAAUUACAUUCCUACCAACGCAACACUCGACCAAAAGGCCGCCGACUUGGGCAGCCAGCUUCGCAACAUCCUCUUCGAAGCCAGCGGCUACCAGGACAUCCGCGCAUACGUCAAUUAUGCUUAUGGGAAUGAGACGCCGCAGCAGCUGUACGGUAGUGAGCAGUGGCGCCAACAGCGCCUGGCCGCCUUGAAGAAGAAGUACGACCCGGAUAACAAGUUUAGCUUCUACGCGCCGAUUCCAUAG